GCACUGUUUUAAAGUUUUAACAGCUCCUUCCUUCUCUGAUAUUUCGUACAUGGUAGCAGAAAACUCAGACACACCACCGAAAACAGCGAGAAGAACGAGAGAGAGAGAGAGAGAGAGAGAAUGUCAUACUCAAGGUUCCUCAGCUCAAGUAAAGGCCCUUUGUGGGUUGCAGCUUACUGUUUCAAGCACCUCAAGAAAGCUCAAAUCCUUCAGACUCACAUUCCUUCCUCUGUUGACAAGAUUUUGCAGGAUGAAAUGAAUGCUAUCUCCUAUAGAGUGCUUGCCUAUCUUCUUCUUGGUGUUGUCAGAAUAUAUUCAAAGAAGGCUGAAUAUUUGUUAGAUGAUUGCAAUGGGAUGCUUGUUAGAAUCAAUAAGUUCGUGAUCAAAACAAAAGACAAAGCACCCAUGGAAACAAUGCGGAUGUCUGUUAUUAUACCAGACAGAUUUGAGCUGGAUGCUUUUGAUCUAGACAUACUUGAAGAUGCUGGCGGAGGCCAUAUUGCUUCACAAGAGGAAAUUACUCUUAAAGAUGUUGUGUGUAGCAAUGAGGGAUUUGGGCUGUUUUCUCUAGACAAGUUUGAGAAGUUUGAUCUUUGUCAAAAUAUCUGCAUUGAUGAUCAUGCUAUGUUGGAAGAUUUUUGUGAAUCACAUGAGAUGGACGUGGAAUAUGAAUUUUUGCUGCCAAAUAGUCCUACUAAUUUAAUGGAGGACAAGAAUAUAUCUGAAAAGAGCAUAGUCCAUGUGGGUGAGCCAAUGAACUUUGACAUGGUUUUGUUAGCUGAAGGAGUAGAAAAAGAACCUGUUGACUUAUUUGGUCAAGAGCAACAAAUUAAUGAAAUUCUGUCAAUUCAUGAAGCUGCAUCAUGCGAGGACAAAUUAUCUGAAGAAAGAAGUAGAAUAUCUAGAGAUGAAUGGGUGGAUGCCAGUAUAUUUUCUGGGAGAGUAAAGGAACCUGUGCUAUCUGUUGAAGCACUUGAUGAAUCUCAUCAAGUUGAUGAAGAACAAAGUAUGGUUCUGGAGACAUCAAGCUCAUUGUGCCAAAUGCAUAAAGAAAGUAAUGAAGUUCAUGAAAUAAGAAAUUUUCAAGAAAAUACAAAAAUGCCCCAAGAAGAUAAAUCCCAUCAGAUAGAUUUUUGCAUGGACCACAGUAAAUCUUCUGUUGCGGAGAAAAACCUUGAAGAAAACACUAAAAGAUCUGUUGAAGAGCAUGAGAAAGAGAGCAAAUUUAUGUGUCAAGUAAAGGUUUUACUUGAAUGUGAAAAGCUUAAGGUUAUUUCAGCGGAGUCAAAAAAUCUUGAUGCAACACCUCAGUCUAAGCUUCAAGGUAGUUCAGUUAGAAAACAAAAACAAGGAGCUACUUCACCAGAGUUUAUGCAUAUUUCGACACCGGCUUUAAGGGAGCAUGCAUCCUUUUCAAGGAAAAGAAAAAUUGUUAUUGAUGGAAUGAUAGUGGUGCCUAAUGAGGUACUUAAAAAAAGUCUCUAUGAUACAAGUGACUUAAUUGCUAACCGCAGAAAAUUCCGCCGUACUUUAUUGUCUGUGCAGAGAGAAUCUCGCAUAUCCAAUCUUUGUGAUGGAUUCCACAGACCUCUAUUUCCUUGUUCUUCCUUAGAUCUUUGCUCCUUAUUCUCUAAAAGCAAAAUAUCAAGUUCCCUCAAAAUUGUGGAAAAUCAAGAGAACUUAGAUGUAUCAAACUCUCAAACUGUUGGCGAUCCAGUGCAUACAGCAAUAGCUCCACAAACCCCUUGUCAGCGCCCAAUUCCCCUUCAAAUUUUGGAAAUUCCAGCGAGGUUAGAUGUCUCAGAAAAUGUUGGCAGUCCAGAGCAGAUAGAAACUGCACCGAGAACGCCUCCUCAGUUCCAAAAGACAAAACUUAGACCAAUUGAGCAACUGGAGAGAAAUGAAAUUCAACACACUGAUAAUUUAGAACCUUCAAUUCCACAUGGAACUAGAGAUAGAGAGCAACCUUUGAGAAGGGACGAUGAACUCAAUCUGAUGGAAGAGGUGAUAAAUUCAUGUGAAACAGAGAAUUCAAACUUGUUAGCUGGGUGGUCUGAUCGAACCAGGAGAGUUGCGAGGUACUUGCACCGGAGUUAUCUGGGCCUAAGGAAACAGACACACGAGCAAGUUGUGAAUUUUUCACAAGUUUUGGAAGGACGCGUGAGGAAAGAAUGUGCAAGGCUCUUUUAUGAAUUACUGGUUUUGAGGACUACAAGUUAUGUGGGUGUCGAGCAAAAUAGUGCUUAUGGUGACAUACUAAUGGUUAAACUCCAAAAAUUGGAUCAAGCUUUUGGACUUAUUGACUUGUAAAGCGACAUAGGUACAUGCCAGAUAAUUUAGAAUUUUAGUUUUAGAAAUAGUAAGUUUGUAGGACUCCGGUAGAUAUUUCUUUAGGAAAGUUCUUGUAUUAUUUUCUUUUGCUUUUUAUUUUGGCCUUGCAUCAGUCUUAAUGUUUAUUGCAGAGCAUUAUGUAUAUAUUAUCUUUUAGAUAACUAAACUAAUAUAGA